GUUAGCCAAUGCCAAUUAGUUCCUGAGCCUUCCUAGUUUGCAAAGUACAUGGACAAGCGCGCUGCGGACGGGGCCGCAGGUGGCGCGCCAGCACCAGCACCCAAGCGUGGCAGGUGGGAUGCGGGACCGGACCCUGGCCAUGCUCGGGCCCCAGUACCAGGGGUACCUGGCAACCCGGCAGCGGCAGCGGCAGCGUUGGCUGCUGCCGUGGCAGCCAAGUAUGCGCCGCCAAUAGGCGUGCGGCCGCCGGCACCGAUGCUGGGUAUUCCGGGCCUGGGUCUGACCCCCGGCGCUGCGGCGGCCGUUGCCCAGGCUGCGGCCGCUGCGCUGCAGAAGCUGCCACUGGCGACGGCUGCGGCACCAUCCGGGCUACCCGCUGCGCCUGCCACAGCUGCAGGGGCUGCGGGCGAGGCCGCGGCAAAGCCCUCGUUGAGCCUGGAGGCUCUGGAGAAGGCGAAGAAGGCGUUACAGCUUCAGAAGGAGAUCAAGGAGAAGCUUGCCAAGUCCAAGCUGGCGCAGCUGGCAUCCAAGCUGCAGCCUCCCGCCGCACCGGGAGCAGCGGUGACGAAUGGCGGAGCUGCUGUGCCACCAUCGGCAAUACCUGGCGUGCGGCCGCCCCUGCUGCCCGGUCUGGGUGCUGCUCCGCUUGCGCCCCCCAUCAGACCGCCUCCUGGCAUCACCAGCGUGCUGCCGCCUCCCCUGCUUCCGCCGGUCGCCCCUGAGCCGGAGGAGGAGACGGGCGCCUUCCACGACCCCAUCCUGGACCGUGGUGCAGCGGGGCGGCGCGGCGAGCGGCGGCGGCGCGCCGGCUUUGACUUCGUGCAGGAGGGCCGCUUCCAGCGCGAGGCGGAGCUGUUCAGGAUGAAAUCGCAGCUGGGCUCGGGCGCCUUCCGUAAGGGGGCGCCGCGUGUGAGCGGCCCGCUCAGUGGACCCGGCCGCCUGCCGCUCCCCGGGGCUCCGCCGGGGUCUGCAGGUGGUGCAGGCGGCGGUCUGGCGGGCCUGGACGCCAACCUGGUGCCGCUGGGCGUGCGGGAGGUGGUGCCGCAGCGCGAGGCCACGCCCGUGCCCGAGGCCGAGCCUGUCCCUGCGGUGGAGUGGUGGGACCGCGGCCUGCUGGCGCACGGCUCACUGGACCAGGACGUGCCGGAGCUGCCCGCGGCCGCGCUGCUGCCGCGCCUGCUGCCGCUCAAGGAGGCAAACGGGGAGGGCCCGCACGGCGGCGACAGCGGCCGCAUGGACGAGGGCGAGGGCGAGGACGGGCUUCGCGUGUCGACGCUGGCAGAGGCGGCGGAGGCCACGGCGGAUAGCAGACAGCAGCUUGCCGCUGCGGCGGCUGCAGCGGCGGCGGGGCAGCUGGGCGCCUUCCGUGUGAAGGACGCUCGGAUCACCAUCUACGUGGAGCACCCGGUGCCGCUGGACCCGCCCGCCGAGGCGCCGCCGCCUCCGCCGCAGCCGCUCAAGCUGACCGCCAGGGAGCUGAAGAAGCUGCGCACGCAGCGGCGCUUGGCGCGAGACAAGGAGAAGCAGGAGCUCAUCCGGCAGGGUCUGCUGGAGCCGCCCAAGCCCAAGGUGCGCAUUGCCAACCUGCACCGCGUGCUGGGCACCGACGCCUCGCUGGACCCCACCGCCGUGGAAAAGGAGGUCCGCAAGCAGAUGGCAGAGCGCCAGGCCGCACACGAGGACCGCAACCUGGCCCGCAAGCUGACUCCGGCGGAGCGCCGCGACAAGAAGCUGCGCAAGCUGUUCGGCGUGGCGGCGGUGGAGGCGGGCGUCACCGAGGUGGCGGGCGCCGGCAAGAAAGGCGGCGCCGCAGCGGCUGCAGCGGCCUCCGGCGCCGCGGCCGCUGCUGCAGGCGUGGACCUGGUGUGCUCCGUGUACCGGGUGGGGCGGCUGACGGACCCGCAGCACCGGUUCAAGGUGGACGCCAACGCCCGAGAGAACCACAUGACGGGCAUGACCAUCGUCAGCGACGACUUCAGCCUGGUGGUGGUGGAGGGCGUGGACAAGGCCACGCGCAGGUACCUGAAGCUCAUGAUGCGCCGCAUUGACUGGUCCACCGCGCCCGCCACCGCGCCGCCGCCCGGGGGCAGCCGCGACGCCAACGGGGACGCGGCCAUGGAGGACGAGGACGAGGAUGCACCGCCCAAUGUGUGCACACUGGUGUGGCAGGGCACGGUGCUGCGGCGCGCCUUUGUGGGCUUCCGCACGGAGACGGUGCGCUCCGCCGCCGCGGGCCGCCAGCUGCUGGAGGAGCUGGGCGUGGGGCACUACUGGGACGCGGCGGCGGGGGCCACAGAGGGCGAGUCCGUGCCGUACACGCUGUGAGGGCGCUGCGCAGUGACAAGUGGGCGUUUAACGGUGCAUGUGUGCGCGUCUUGCGCAUUUCCGGGGAUUGGAAGGUCCAGGUAGGCUAGGCGCCUAAGGCACUGGUAGGGCCCCCACAUGCCGACGAAACCAGCAACUGGUGUAUGCACAGUGUUUGCAUCUGGCGCCAUGAUGGCGAUGGACGUGAUGGUGCUACGCAUGGCGCUGGGACAGGAUAGCAUCUCAUGACCACCCCGGCUCUUCCCGGGCUGCUCAUUGAACAUGUUCGGGCAUGGGCACUGGCGCCUGUCACGAUCCAAAGGACAAGGCAGUGGCCCGGCAGCGGAUUGCAGGGUGCCCCAACGGAUGGGUAUUCCGGUGUUGUCAAGCCCCCGCUUUGUGACAGUUGCAAUUUAGCGUUAGUGGCGAGCUGGCGGCGGAACGUGCUUCGAAUUCCUUGGAUGUGUGAUGGGACAGUGUUUAGGCAGGUUGGCGAGGUCCCGUAGGGUGCAACUGACGCCCAGACCCCAGCAGAUGGCAAACAAUUUGCAACGGCAGGGCAGUAGUGCGCGGCUGGUCGAACGCCGGAGUUACUGUACCGACAAGUUGCUGGCUGGCCAUGAAGUGUGCUAAUGCGCAUUCCUUGGAUACCUCAGGCACGCUCAGGCAACUCCGGCCGCCUGAUGGCCCUUGGAUUGCCUGGGAGGCGGUGAAAGGCAGAGCUUGCAUCUUCAGGGAGCAGCAAGAAAUGGGCCCGAGUGCAUGCCCUCGGCCCCUCGGGCGAGAAGCUUGGGCAUUUCCGGAAGUGCAUUCUCGCCGCAUGGGGCUCAGUACGGUCCCCGAAUCUCGCCUCCAAUUUAGGGGGCGGAGCCUCUCCAAACUCUGAAACUAGGCGGCGUUGGUUCCCCGAAUGCCGUGGGCGAGAACGUGGUUAGGCCCCCCUCGCUCGCGGCGGCGGCCUAGAUGCAAGCCAGGGGAGGGCCAAGCCUCCCCUGAUGCAAGCUCUGGUGAAAGGCGCAGGGCGCCUGGGCGGUCCGGGGCUGAUAGAAGACCUGUAAUAGCGCAGUGACCGGCACGGCAAUGACGAAUGCAACUCCUCUCGUUUAGCAA